UGGGCUCCUGUAGAAUUGCAGCAUACCCUGACCCUGUUGUUUUUGCAGUGGCAAAUAAGUUGCUCCUUCCUCCUAACUAAUCAAGUUUUCAUCAUCGUUGGCCCAAGAGCUCCCUAGCUGUCUCUCUCUCUCUCUCCAUGGUGCCAGUGCUGCUUUUUCCUUUAGGUUUUCUGCAGUGAGAGCGCUUUGUUGAAAACAGGAGUGGGGAGCCCUUUGGCCUCCCAAAUGGUGCUAAACUACAACUCCCAUCAGCCCCAGAAAGCACGGGCAAAUGGCCUGGGAUGAUGGGAGAAAAAGAACAGGAGAUUGAAGAGCUUUCUCUGACCUGGAGCCCUUCAGAUGUUUUAGGCUGCAGCUCUCGUCAGCCCCAGCCAGCACGGCUGUUGUGGUCCAAAAACAUCUGACCUCAAGAUUGGGGAAGGCAGAAUCUUUGGAGGAAGAGCUGGAGUAACUGGUAAGUCACCUGGUAGAUGACAGUCCCCAAGUUUUUGUAUUUUUGCCUUAGGAGUGGCUGCAGGGUGGAGGCGCACUCAGUUCUAUGAUCCACCCACCCGCACAGGCACUUCUCCGUAAUCAGCCUGCAGUGGUACAACCCAGACACAGGCUCAUCACCCCCAUCUGCUGGUCACAAGCAACUGGGUCUGAUCGUUGCACAAAGCCUCCUAGGCAAGCCUCUCCCUGCGUGUCAGAUGCAUAAAACAAUCGCCUGACUUUUGAGAGUUUAUAUGAACAUCGUUGCUAAGGAGGAGGCGAGAGUAGGUUGAUACAGAACGGGGAAAGGCCAAGAAAACACAAGAGAGAGCUCUUGCGUUGCCAUUAGCUGCUCAGCUCUCGGAGGAAGAUGAAAAAGUUACUAAGUGUAUCACCGAAAUCCUAGCAGACACCCUCUCCAAACCCAGUCCAAUUCCAGUGACCAGCGAAUGCAUGAAGAUACUUCAAGAGGAUGAGAGAGUCCUCGCCAUGCUUCACCAUCAGCACCUGCUGACUGAGCUGGAAGAACUCGCACAUCAAGAAAAUGCAAAGCAUCAUCUGGGGCAUGAAGGUAGCCAUGAUGUUUGGCAAGUUGCAGAUGAGCAGGAAGAUGUGAAGAAGAGGGAUGUCAAGCCCACCCAGCAGAGAGAAGCUGCCUCUGAGAAGAUGCAGGAGCAAAAUGGGCAGAGAAAGAAAGAGGAGCAGCAGCUCAAAGAGUUGGAGAAGACAGAAAAGAACGAAGAGGUGGUGAAGGAAGAGGAGGUCUCCCAAGGAGAGGACAACUGGGAGGCUUUGGAGGAACAGGCCAAGGCUGUGAUGGAGAAGGAGAAAGAGGAGAGCGAUGAUGAGGAUGAAGUAAGGAAGAAGAAGAAGAGAAGCUCCUCAGAGACUUGGUCUUCUAAGGAGUAUUUUGGCCUCAUCAAGAAGAGAGGUCCUGGCCAUCCAAAGAUCAGGGAGGGGAUGCUUCGACGAAGUCAAGAUGGCCGGAAGAGGAAUGGAUUGGGCAAGAGGCACUUUAGAUUGGAGGAGGAAGACGAAGAUGACAGCUCUGAAGAGCAGCCAAAGAAGAACCAUCAUGGAGGAUACCGUGACGGCCACCAUCACCGUGAGGACUGGGGGGAGGAGGAGGAGAGGUCUGGUCUGGCCAAGAGAGUAGCUGAGAAGGCUAGUGAUGAGGAAACAGCCCAGUUUGAGGAGGAAGAGAAAGGCAUGAAGAUCUCCAAUUCCCAGUCCCAGCUCCAUGGAGGCUGGAAGCCAUGGCAGGAAGUAGGAGAGGAGGAGGAGGAGGAAGAAGGCAAGAUGAGGCACAGACACCACCAUAAACCAGCUGGGUUGGACCUCAAGAAGAGGCAUCAGAAUGAUGAAGUCUAUUUGAAGGGUGGCAGGCAACAUGGCCAUGAAGAGGAUGAGGAGGAAAGGGAGGGCCAUCAGAAUGAGGUCCAGGAGCUGGAAAAGCUUGAAGAGAUCAAGCAAGAGCUGGAAAGGGCAACUGAGAAGCUCGAGGAGCUGAAAAGGGGGCAACCCCUUCCACCAUAGUGGGAUCUGAGUAGGGUAGAAAAAGGGGACAAGGUGGCCUCUUGGUUAAGCUGUCGUCCACCCAAUUUGCCACCUCCUACACAAGCAAUCCCUGUACAGUAUAUAAUCUCUCUCUCUCUCUCUCCAGCUUGGCUUUGACUGUUAAAAGGAGCUUUCCCUUGCUUUUAAACCCUACAAACCUCCACACUACCAGCAUCUUGUCUUAAGGCAGGCAUGGGCAAACUUUGGCCCUUCAGCUGUCAGACUACAACUUCCAUCAGCCCGGACUAUUGGUCAGCAUCGCUGGGGCUGAUGGGAGUUGGAGUCCAACAUCAGCUGACAGACUAAAGCAGCCUUUCCCAACCGGUGUGCCUCCAGAUGUUCUUGGACCACAACUCCCAUCAGCCUCAGCCAUUGGCAUUGCUGG